GCCGGUCGCCCGAGAGCUCCACGCCCUUUUACGAAGCUGGCAUCUGUCCUCUUUCAACAAACUUCGACUUGAGCUGGCCCUGCGCCCGUCAUGGAGGCAAAUCAGCCCACAAUGGGCAGCGAGUCUGCAGCACAAGUGGUGCUCAAACUCUCGGCGAGCCAGUCCUCGAGGGACCCUGUGAUCCUUCCCCAGCGCCGCAUCUCGUUGACACGCGAGAAAAACACCAUUACAAUCGGCCGAGCGUCCAGAUCCCCGACAAAAGGCUUCGUCCCCGCCGUUGACAACGCCUGGUUCCACAGCGCCAUAAUGUCCAGAAUGCAGGCGAGAAUCAGUGCAAAAGUUGACCAAAAAAAGAUCGAGAUCAUAGAUCUAGGAUCGAUGCACGGAACGUUCCUGAAUGGCGACGAUCGGAUUUCCACAAAGGAACCUCGGGAACUGAAGGACGGGGACGUACUUCGGUUUGGAGUUCCCAUCUUUCAUGGGAAUGAGGAGUUUCGGCCGACUGAGGUCAAGGUCAGCAUCGAGUUUCCGGACCGUGAGAGAUCGACCACCGGGACUUUCCAGGUUCCGGACGGCUCCGACGACGAGAGCUCUGACCACGACGAACCCAGUGAUAGUGACGAGGCUGUGAUGGAAAUCGACAAGCCCGGCCCUCCUGCCUGGAAGGACGCUACAGCCGGAAACUGCCCAGUGAUCGACUUGACGAACGAUCACGGUUACCGGCAACCCCGCGUUCUUAUCGACUUGUCUUCUCCAACUAUCUCGUCGUCGGCCCCAAUUCUGAUCCGGGACGACGCAAACGAUUCGAGGAGGCCCGUAGAUGUCGCAGACAGUAGUCUGCGCUCUGUCUCCCCCGCUCAGCCAACCACAGACGGGCUUGCCGAUGGUCAGGUUCCUCGCGAUUCGGAUCAUGUGAGCUACAUCGAUUACUCCGAGGAUCCCUGCUUCGAGGAGAGAAUGUCUCUCUUUUCAGGCGAAGACGAGCGUGAUGACGAUGACUAUGACACCCCGAGCCAUGUCGAUUACCCGUCUGGCGACGAGGAUGACUACCAUAGUAGCGAUGGUGACGACCUGAGUGAACAGGAAGAGGACUCCCCUGACGCAGAUGGACAGUCGAGGAGCCAGGUGGAUGAGUUGGAGCCGGAGGAUCAUGAGAGCGCGAUGGACGACAGCGAGGACGUGUCCGAAGCAAUGUACACUUCAGACGGCGACAGUCUUAACGUCGACUCUUUCAACGAUUAUCCUUCCACCGCUCGGGAUGAUCUGCCACAGGAAUUCCCGGAGGUCGAGAGGUUGAUCAACUCGCUGACACACCCGAUCGUACCGAGGCCUGAGCCGACGGAGCUCGCUCCUCGGAACGCUGCGACGGUCAGCAUCAUGGGUCUCCUCAAUCACGAGGAGCACCCGGCCUCAUCGUGCUCCUCCUCGGAGAAGACUUCGGCCGAGAUACUAGGCGCCAAAACGGGGAAAGUUGACUUCUUUUUGGCUCGGGAGCACAAUAAGUCGACCCUGGAGGCACAGAAAGCCACAGCUGACCAUGUGGCGGCCGCUACAAACGCUGGGCUCGACGCACCCCGGCCGCUGAACUCUGGCUUUGGGCCAGCCGGAGAGCAGGCGGUGAGAUCCCCGCAGGAUCACUCGGCGAUUAAUAACGAUAUUUGCGCUGUGUGUGCUGGACUCGCCCCGGUUUUUGCCCGACCUGCAGAAGUCAGCUCGGAUCAAGCCAACGUGCGCCUCGGCACGGGCGACUUCCAUCCGCCUACGAAUCCUCCUAAGACUUCUCCCAUCAGCGCCGGCGUCGAAGCUGAAGGGAGCCCUCGCCGAACACACGUUGGGAUUUCUGAUAUCGUCGACACCGACCAGCAGAGCCCUGGCAAGGGGAAGCGGAAAGCCGGCGACAUUUCAGACACGUCUCACGAAGAGGAGCUCUGGGAUGCUGCGUCCAAGAACACGGAGAGCACCAGCUUGACGACCCCGGCUGACGGCGAGACCAACAACGUAGAUCAAGCCACCAUCUCCGUGCGAGCGCCGACGCCGAUCCAGGCUCCGGUCGACGAGAAGCAGCCAAGCCAGCCUGCAGAGCCGGCUAACGAGAGCCAUGUCUUCGCAGCAUCUUCGAUAUCCGAACGAUCUGUGAAGCGGGCCCGCUUGAUGCGUGUUGCGGAACGCCUCGGGUACGCCGCCCUGGGCGGCGUCACGGCUGGAGCCAUGAUCAUGGGCACACUUAUCUACACGGCCCCCACCUUUAGCUAAGGCUGCCCUUCUGGAGGCGUAGGCGCGGAUACUGGCUCCGCAUGCAUCCCGCAUUCUACCCGCCACUCCCUCUACAUGUUGCUCCGGUAAAGUCUAGGUAGUCGGUC